AUGCUGCGCGACGUGGACCUCUCGCUCGGGCUUCGCUCGGCCUUCGCGUCGCGGCCGGCGGUGCAGACCGCCAUCGCCGACGCCGGCGUCGAGCUCGACGUGAGCGUGCUCGCCAGCGGCCUAUGGCCCGCGCCGCCCCGGAGCCCAGACGUGGUCUACCCGCAGGCUGUCGCGAGGUUGCAGGAGCUUUUUGCGACCUUCUACGCGCAGCAACACACGGGCCGUUCCCUGAGCUGGGCUCCCUCGUUGGGGCAGUGCGUGCUGCGGGCAGCCUAUCAGGGUGAUUUGCGGAAGGAUCGAUUCGUCGUCUCCCACCUGCAGGCCAUCGUCCUGCUGCUCUUCAACGGCGCGGACACUCUAAGCUGCCAGCAGAUCGCCAGGGCCACCGGGAUACCCGCGGCCGACCUCCAGCGAACGUUGCAGAGCUUGGCGUUGCACAAGACUGUGAAGCUGUUGAGUAAGGACUCCAAGGUGCGAGAUGUUCUGGACGGCGACCUCUUCACCUUCAACUCGCGGUUUUCGCACAAGCUUUUCCGCAUCACCGUGCCGCAGAUCUUCGCAAAGGACCAGGCGGAAGAGGAACAGGACGUCGAGCACAGGGUUUUGAAGGACAGGUUGCACGAGAUCGACGCCGCCGUGGUGCGGGUCAUGAAGGCCCAGAAGCGGCUGACACACCAGCAGUUGCUGUCCGAGGUCUUCAAGGCGAUAGGCUUCCCGGCGACGCCGUCGGACGUCAAGCAGCGCAUAGAGUCGCUUAUCGAGAGGGACUACCUCGAGCGCGAUGCUGGAAGCGGCGCCGCCUACAAUUACCUGGCGUGA